ACAUAUAAAAGGAAGCAGCUAUUCAUUAUAGACGCACAAGUUCAGAAUAAGAAAUUGCUGCGAUGCAGCUUAUCUGUUCGGUCGCGCUGUGUUCUCUGCUUAUAGCAGUAACUUGGGCAGCGGGUGGGGACAACCAACACGUUGCUGACAAUAAAGAGGUUCCUUUGAAAAAAUUGAAGCUUGCACUGGGAAAAGAUAUCCAACGAGAGCGAGAGCUCAGAGAGGAAGAUUUCUUGGCUCGACGCGAAGACGAUCUAGAUGACGCUGACCUGGACAUUGCCAUACGGGAUAACGACGGAGACGAUGAGGGCGAUGCAGAUAAUACUCACGAAUUUGUGGUGGUUGGAAGGAAGGGCGAGACUAACGCGGCUCACGAUAAAUACAGGAAAUAUCAGAGAACAAACAUUCAUAUUGGCAAUGAAGAAGCUGUAAUUCAGGACCAAGAGACGGAGUGUCUGGAAUAUCGUCGUCAACAAGAGAUGGCUAUAAGACACGGACGUAAGCCUGAGGAUGUCCCAACACCCAGAGUACCGUGUGAGUUCAUGCAGACAAUAGAGAAGAGAGGGAGGAAUAAGAGACUCGCCCUGCGGAACCCCGGAAUCUGGGAUAAAGGGAUCGUGCCAUUUUUAUUUGAUGUCAAAACAAUGUCCGAUAAAGACCGACAGAUGGGGCGAUUGCGAGCUCACAAUCAUUACGAGUACUGGACCUGCAUGCGUUUCGUUCCAUACAAUGAAACUACACAAAGUGACUACGGGCUGGGACACAACAACUACUUAUUUCACGUGAGCAAAAAGGGGUGUUCGUCGUUCUUUGGAAACUUGCGAAAUAGGAAUGGUCAACAGAUAAAUUGCUGCAAUGGUGACCUUUGUGUUCAUGAGCUUGGUCAUGCUUUUGGAUUAGUACAUGAACAAUCGAACCCUUUGCGUGAUAACUAUAUGGAGGUACAUUACGGGAAUAUUCUGAAAAAAUACCAUAGUCAAUACUAUGAACAGAACAUCAAAAACAGUCGGUUGUUUGGCUACUACGAUUUAUCGAAUGCAAUGCACUAUGGAAUUUAUGGUUUCUCAAAUGGAGGAAAGACUAUGUCUGUCUUUGAUCCUGACUUGGAGUACCUGGUAAAGAAAGCUGAUCCAUACCAGUAUUAUUUGUUCGGCGAAGUUUCUCAAAUUACCGAUUGUAAUGGUAUGAAGUGUAGCAGUUUCUCCCUUGCCUGUGAGAACUCUGGAUACCCGGCCUUUAUAAAAAACAAAUGUACCUGUCGUUGUCCGGAGGGGCUGGACCCUGCCAGAGGAUGUCGCACACAAUACGACGGAGAUCGAAUGAUUGCAACUACAUGGCCCUCGGAUUCCUUCACUCUCCUCAGUACUCGGAUUACCGGCUGUCCGAGUGGUUUUUAUGAAGGCGGUUUCACACAGCAUCACCACGACACCCGAAUGACACAUCACAGCGAUACAUUUAGCGCUGACGUAAUAUCAAACAGCACUUCUACCCGGUACAAAUUUUGUACCAAAAAGAAGACUAGGGAGAAUGGAAUUUCACCAAGUUGGCCUGAAGGAAAAUAUUGCAUCUAUCGCUAUGAAGGAGGUUGUCCCAAUGGAUUUAAUGAGGGAUACAUACAAUAUGAUGAUACAAAGAUUCCUUCUGAUUUCUAUGGCAUUCUUCCUGAUGGCCAAUUCUCCAGAGAUGCUAGGUUCUAUUUCUGUUGCCGUGGUGAUGGAAAAACAAAAAAGCCCAUCACACUUCCGUCAGAGGAACCGUUUAUUUUGUUUGCUGAUACUUCAAGUUGUCAGAAAGUCUCAGGAAUAAAGGCAAGCAUGCAAUAUUUGAGAAUAAAAAACAAUAAAGAGAUAUUGCAUACUUCUGGAGAUAUACCGCGUUUAACAAUAUCAAACAAAGUAAACUAUAGGCUCGAUUUCUGUUAUUAUACACCGAGCAAUUUUGAUGAAAAACUUUCUUACUCAAGAUGGCCAAAGGAACCCUUUGCAUUAAUUCAAGCUGCCUCUGGUUGUCCUGAAGGAUUUGAAUCUGGACAACUUGUCGAAUACUCGCAAUAUUCUUUUGUUUCGUCUGAUACUGACACUGCACUCAAGUCGGAGGGUGAAGCUCUACGUUAUAAGUUCUGUACAAAGACAGAAACUACCCCAAUUGGAGACCGGGCAAUGUGGAGCCCUGGAUCAUACUGUAUCUUCCGAGUCGGGGGAGUGUGUCCUGAUGGAUUCUCUGAAGGUUCUAUUUCAUUGGUGGACAGUCAACCUCCAGACAAUUUAACUGGUUCCCUUCCCGAUGGUUCCUUUGUCGAUCAUGUCAACCUGAAUUUCUGCUGUCGUUCCGAUGGAUUUACCCGAAACCCGAUUCAACUCCCAAACAAAGAGCCUUUCAUAAUGUUUAAAAAAUCACCUUCUUGUCAAAAUGUUGAAGAUAUGAGUUUUGAAGAGGGUCGUUAUACUGUUGGGACUAAAUCAAAAGCACCAUCAACCUCUGGAGACACUCCGGAAAUUAGUAAUGAUCGUAAUAAAAAGAUAAACUUUUACAUCUGCUACUACUAUCCAGCACAAUUCGACUGUGGCGAUACAAUACACUUAACUAAAGAUGGACAGACGUCCGCAGACAUUUCAAGUCCCGGGUAUCCUAACCUAUAUCCUGGAGGAAAAACAUGCUACUGGAAUAUUAUCGCACCAAAUGGAUUCAAAUUAAAACUUGAAUUCAACGAAUUCGACAUCGUGGCUCAUUCAGAUGGAACUUGUGAUGAUAGAUUGGAAAUAAGACAUGCAUUGCCUGGCCAAUAUGGACUGAGCUAUUGCGGGGACAGAUAUCCUAUGACGGUUCUUUCAGAAGAUAACCAUUUAGGCCUGACUUUUGAGACCAGUCUUCGGAAGCAUGGAAGUGGAUUUUCUGCGAGAGCUACACUUCUAGAACCAAAUGAUACCAACUUCUGUUAUACCAAUAAUGGAGAAAAUUACAGAGGAAAUGUUGAUAUCACUCGCCGAUUUACCAGAUGUUUACCAUGGUCUAAGUUGAAACACUGCUUAAGUAAUAGUUAUAAUCCAAUGAACCUAGAUGAUGACCUACUUAGCAAUUAUUGUCGGAAUCCUGGACACGGCACCAGACCUUGGUGUAUCACCAAUAAAUUCCUGUGUACAAGAAACUACUGUGACGUCUGUGGAAUCGAGAAAUGCUACGAUAUAUUCGACGAUUGUGUGGAAAGAACAUUAGAUAUGUCAAACUGUUAUCAUGAUCCAGAGCUGCAAAGAGGUUGCAGAAUGUCUUGUAAUCUGUGUGACAGACUUCCUCAAAAUAGAGUUGAUGAUGUGACCUGUGAUAAGCCAAAUGUUCCGUCAGAUUCAACAAGUGAGACAUUGAAAGAGAAUUACUCUGUGGAUGAAACGGUAGAAUUCACAUGCAAAACAAAUGCAUUCGAGAAGCAAACGAUAACCUGUUUAGCUGACGGAUCGUGGUCAAACGCAGGAUUCGCUUGUGGACGUUGUAAAACUGGAUGGACGCCUUACCAAGGUCAGUGUUAUAAAGUUUUUGAGGAGGAGGUGGACCGUACCACUGCACUAGCACGCUGUUUGGGCGAAAACAAUGCAACGCUGGCGUCCAGUAAAGACACGGAAGAAAACAAAUUCUUGACAACUUUGGUAAAGAAUGGGGUGGAAUUUUGGAUUGGUCUUGAGAACGGUUUUUGGCCAGAUGGAGAGAAGGUGCAGUGGACUAAUUACAAGCGUGGUUCAUCCAAAGGUUGUGCAUUUAUGUCUGACAGAACGGGGGAAUGGCAAGGAGUUAAUUGUGGAUCUGCAUUUUAUAUUGCCUAUGUUUGCUCAUACUCACCAAAAGCCCGACAGAUAUGCGAAGAUGCUACACCUAAAUGUGAAAUCUACUUAAAUUUGGAUCCCCGUGCUUGUGAAAAUGAAGAUUUUGUUUGGCACACGUGUCCCAAAACCUGUGGUUACUGCGAUAAUAUACAAGACAAUUGUCCUGUACCCAGCGUGACCCCAGAUAGCAACACCGAACUUGUCACGUCUGCUGCCGCCUUGUCCACCGGAAACGUGUUAGAAUACAGGUGUAAAACUGGUUUCUCUCACGCUGACGGAAAUCUCCACAGAGCCUGUCUCAGAAAUGGGACAUUUUCCGGUUCCCUGCCAGUCUGUAAAGCAUCCAGUACGAUAGCGGAACCCAAUAAUGCCGCACCCCUACUUAAACUUCGGGAAUCGUUAGCUAAACAGCAUUCUUACACCGCCAUGAACGAUAUGAUGAGAAUAGAAAAAUCUGGAAAGAUCGUCAAAUGGCAAUUUUACAGCGAGACAAACGGAAUCGCUAGUUUACAAGUUUGGAGACCAACUUCUACUGUUAAAACGUACACUUUAAUUGGUCAGAAUAAGAUUUCUGAAACAUAUGAUGGUAGAAUUCGUACAUAUGAGGUGCCACUUGAUAACCAGAUCGAGGUUCAGUCAGGAGACAUGAUUGGCGUAUUUCCCCUCAGCGCUGAAAUUCCGUAUGAAAGAUGCAACACGGCCGAUGUAGGAGCGACGUAUGGUUCCGUGAUGAUAUCAGUGAGCAGGAAAUCCACAACUGCUUGGAAAGUUUUGUCUGAUUACUCGUUCAAGGAUAUUGAACACAACUGCAGAGUCAUACCCGUAACUGCUUUCAUUCGGUAAUUACAUGUACUACGACAAAAACUCUGUUGAUAUUCUGAAACUUUUCAUUUCAUGUACUUGAACGAUAUUUUACACUAUUUAACAAUGUAUUAAAAAUCAAGUCAAACCAAUAAAAUUUAGUAUGCAGCAUUUACUCUUGCA